CAGUCUCUGACACCACUGCCUCUGUAUGGCGUAAGCUUGAUGCCUGAUAGUGCAAGCAAAGCAAGAACCCCACUUUUUUUUCCUCUCUCUCUCUCUCUCUCUCUCUCUCUCUCUCAAACCAUCUGUCUUCCUCUUUGUCUGUAAACUCUGCUUUUAUUCCUUGUCCCCCUUCUCUUUUACACCGGCAAUCCUUUUUCUGCUCUCUCACUACUACUAUAAGCUCUUACUUAGUGCUUGACUAGCAAUCCCAACCACAAAACCACCUUCAUUUUCUCAUCUCCAUCCUCUCUCUCUCUCUCUCUCUCUCUCAAGCUUCCCCUCUUCUUCUCCUUCAGCUCUUACUUGCUCUUGUUUUUUUCUUUUUGUUAUUAAAUUCCCAUAGCUCUAUUCCAACUUUGUUAAACUUCCUUUUCCCUAAAACCUGUGUUUUUGCUGUAGAAUGUGUUUUUUCAGAUCAAGUUUUGCAGAGAGAAGUUGAUGUAGUAAGUCUCUAGUGGGUCAUUACCGAUUAAGAGGGGGAAAAAAUGGAAACCAAGAGGGGGACAUUCCUGAAGACAAGUCUCAAGAAUCCCGGACCAAAUACAAGUUCUACCCUUAAUCAUUCUUGCCUCUAAUUGUUUUCUCUGAUUUUGUUCUUUCUUUCUUUCUUUUUGGUCUCCAAACAAACAAACACAGAGAGAGAAAGAAAUGAAUCUUUCAAGUCAAGAAGAAGAGAUCCCAAUUCCAAUAACCACCUCUUAUGCUGGGGGUCAUAUUAACCACAUCAUCCCUUCUUCAUCACCACAGCUGCCCUCCAAUGGCCCCAUAACCCCAGCCCUAGAGGAUCACAUGCCUUACAAGAAAGUGGUGAGGUACAGGGAAUGCCUGAAGAACCAUGCAGCAGCCAUGGGUGGGAAUGCCACAGAUGGGUGUGGAGAGUUCAUGCCUAGUGGAGAAGAGGGUACCCUAGAAGCCCUCAAGUGCUCAGCCUGCAACUGCCACAGGAACUUCCACAGGAAAGAGAUUGAAGGUGAGCCCUCCUCCUGUGACUGCUACCACCACCCACAUCUCAACAGGGUGGGAAUGGGAAUGGGAUUGGGAAGGAAGCUCAUUCUGGGCCCAAGCCCACACAAGGUUGGUGGUAUAUUGGGCCCUGCUGAGGCCUUGGGUUAUCACGCUGGAGCUUUCAGGGCAGCACAAGCUCCACCCCACCAGAUGAUAAUGUCCCUCCCUUCAGAGUCUGAUGAGCAGGAAGGUGGUGGUGGGAUUGUCCCAAGGCCACCCCAGCUGGUGGAGAAGAGGUUCAGGACUAAGUUCACCCAAGAACAGAAGGAGAAAAUGCUCAGCUUUGCAGAGAAGGUAGGGUGGAGGAUGCAGAAGCAAGAGGAGUCUGUGGUGCAGCAAUUCUGUCAAGAGAUAGGUGUCAAGAGGAGAGUCCUCAAGGUGUGGAUGCACAACAACAAGCACAACUUGGCCAAGAAGAAUGCAGCUGCAGUAUCUUGAAAACUCUACUGCUCUUCUACAUUGCUCCAUCUUCCUUAUUUGACUAUUGUCUCCUCUUGUUAUUUAGGGUUUUUAUUUUUAUUUUUAUUUUUAUUUUUACUCAUAUUAUUGGCAGUGUAAUGUGGUUUAGGUAGAGAUGGUUUGACAGAGUUUGAGUUGAGGGUUGACAUUCUCCAUGCAUGUUUGUCCAGAAUAGAUUUAAUUGGUAAUCUAAGCUCUAAUCUAAUUCUUAGCUAAUAAUUCUUGAUCCUA